CGUAGCGGCAGCGGGGUGACAGCUGAACGGGAGGUGGAGGAGCAGCAUCGCGGUCCGGAGCCUCGACAACACUCGCUACCAAACUCCCGGUUUUAAAGAGCCGCACCGACCCAUUCGACCGUGAGACGCCUUCCUCCAACCAGUGGGGCCCGGGUGUGACUCCACCAGCGGAUAUAAACGCAUAUAGGCUUCCUUUUUUUCAACCGAGCGAACAGGGACCGUGUCCGGAUGUGCCAGCCGUGUCGGGUGUUUCGCAUGGCGCAGCCACCUUUUUCCUGAAGCGGGGUAUCCUUCGUGUUCGCAGGGGUCGGAGGAGGCCCUCGGGUCGGCAGCUUAUCCCACUAUCGCCUCUCGUAGACGUCCGCAUUUACCGAUUUAAAGAAAAAACCCCGAUUGAACGACAUGAUUGAGCAAUAAGAAGAAGAGGAAGAAGAAGACGCACGUCCUGACAGAUCCAGAGAGAGAGAGAAGAAGAAGAAGUCGUCUCUGUGUUUUCUCUUUCCUUCCUUUCGAAUCAACGUCGUGCGGUUCCAGAGGCUGUUUCCCAGGAGGAGGACACAGGGAAUAAUCGUGCCCUUGUGUAUGAGUGUGUGCGCGUGUGAGUGUCUGUGAACCCCCUCCGAGGACCGGGUCAACCUUCGAGAUGACGGGCAGCACCCCAGCGGACAUGAUAAACCUGCGGCUUAUUUUAGUCAGCGGCAAGACAAAAGAAUUCCUCUUCUCUCCAAAUGAGUCGGCUGCAGACAUCGCCAAACACGUCUACGAUAACUGGCCAAUGGACUGGGAGGAAGAACAGGUCAGCAGUCCUAACAUCCUGAGGCUCAUCUACCAGGGACGUUUUCUACACGGCAACGUAACUCUAGGAGCCCUCAAACUGCCCUUGGGGAAGACCACAGUGAUGCAUUUAGUUGCCAGAGAGACUUUGCCUGAGCCAAAUUCCCAAGGUCAGAGGAACAGAGAGAAGACUGGGGAGAGUAACUGCUGUGUCAUCCUUUAAAUACACACCUCCGCUGCCAGCCCUCUUCACCCGUCUCAUCGCCUCUCGCCCUCGACGUUCUGGACCCAAUGAGCUCGUCCCUGUCCUGUCCUGGAGUCUGUCCACCCUGCGGACAUGCACACGGACAAACACACACGCUCCCCUCCUCCUCUCCAUCUUCCUCUUCUUUUCCUCUACCUCUUCUUCUUCCCUCUUUCAUACACUCACACGUAACAUGGAAAGGCCGCAGGUGCAGUCAGGCUGAUCCAGAGUCAGGAGCAGAUAAACGAUAGAGUUGAUUCCUUCGUUGCAACUUGAUUUGUUGUCAUAACGGAAAAUUAGAGGAAGGAAUUCGAUUUGCAUGUUUGUUUUUUUCUUUCUCUCUUAAUGCACACCUUUUAAAGCCUUCUGCCACACACAUACAGACACACACACACACACUCACGCACAGACAUGGACACAUUGUCAAGCCAUCCUCAGCAGCUCUGCUCAAAGUCAGUCUCUAUGCGGCUCCUCAUUCUAGCUGGUUGUAAAAGUGAUGCAGUGCCACAGUUUGUGUGCCUGGCCUUGUUUUCUCUUUCAGACUGCAGAGAUUUUUAACCACUAAAAACAAACACACACAAACACACACACACACACACACACACACACACACAGACAAUGUCAAUGUGCUUGUGUGAUCUCCCUCAGUGCAGCAGAUGAAGCUUAGACGUGCCUGAUCAGAGAACUCAAACCAGGACACACACACACACACACCUACACACACACACACACACACACACACACACACACCUUGUGUCCUUUAUACUGCCCUCCUCUGCAUGUGCCCUUAAAGGUCACAAACGAGAACGUCCUUUUUGUCUGCAGAGCGCUGUGGAGGGAGCGAACACGUCGCUCUCUCCACAGCCGGUCGCAUUUCUAGCCAAACGCGGCCUAGACAAACAGCCAAACAGCCAGUGUUGGGCCUCUUGUUUUGGGUUCAUCGUUCGUCCGUGUUUUGACAGUCCGUGCAUAGAACUGACCGACCAGUGUUGUGAUGAAUUAAACGUCACGUCAGUUCCCCCCACUCUAAAAGGAAAGGCUCGUCGCGCUCCUGUUUUUUAACAGUGUUGUGAAGGAUCUCUCUGACAGCUGCUGUCCGAGCAGGGAAAUUAGCUCUGAAUGAAAUUUGUCCUUAGUCGUCUUAAUUUGCUUCGUUCCCCCUCUCUCUCUCUCUCUCUCUCUCUCGCUCUCUCUUUCUCUCUCUCUCUCUCUCUCUCUCUCUCUCUCUCUCUCUCUCUCUCUCUCUCACUCACUGCAUUAAUAAAUCCUUUUUGCACAACUGAAGCACGUGCUCCCUCAUCAGAUUAUGAAAAAAAUUGCACAAAAAGUUCAACGGUUUUGUUUUAUAUUUUUCCAAUGGAAGUGACGUUCAGGUCAAAGGUAACGUGUAGAAUAUAUUUAAUAUGAAUCUUACAUAGAACACGAUGACUCUAGAUCUUGUUGAUAUACAGUAUCAUUGGUGUUUAGUCUAUGAUUGUGUAUGCGGUUUCGCUUCUAGCCAGUUCACAGUCACUCGCUGAAAACGUCUUGUGCUAACCGGCAGAGAAAAACCUCCCUCAUCAUCGACCGACUGUAUUCUUACUUUUCUUUCUUCUGUUUCUCAUUAGUUUCUUUUUCAUGUUUCAUUUUGUUUAUAAUUUAAUGUAAUCCUUUUUUCUUUCUGUGUGUGUUUGUGUGUUUUUUUUGCUUUGCUUUGAAAGAAUCGCUUUGUAACAGCACUAGGUCUUAAAAAAAAAUAUAUAUUGUUUAUAUUGAUCAGGGUUCAAAUCUGUACAGAGAUAAAUGUUUUCAAAACCAAUUGUAAAUAGCACUAAUGCUCCCUGUCCCUCCUCCGAACUUCAAAAUGGAAUAAACAUCUGUAAACUAAAUAAAGAUUAUUGAAGUGC